AUGACGCUGGCUGCGCUCUGUGCUGCGCAGCAGCAAAUUGCGGAGGAGGAGGAGGAGGAGGAGGAGGAAGCGGGAGGGGCUCUCAGCACAUCUAUGAGAGGCUGCGGAGCUUUUGGGGUGUUGGCACCUUUGCUGGUGGUGAUGGCGAUGCUGUCAGCCGUGGAGGGCCAGGUGCCAGCGCUGGGGGCCUGUCCAGACAUGCAGACGGUGCCCGGCUUCGACAUGGCCAGGUACAUGGGCCGGUGGUACGAGGCGGAGCGCUACUUCGCGCUGUUCGAGUUUGGCGGCAAGUGCGUCAGCGCCAACUACACCGACUCCGGCGAGGGCCGCGUCGCCAUCGUCAACAGGCAGACCAGCUCCAUAACUGGUAUACGAUCAACGAUUGAGGGCGAGGUUCGGAUCCUGGGCCGCACGGAUGACUCCAAGCUCAACGUCCGAUUUCCAUCCCUGCCAGUCACGUUCACGGCGCCGUACUGGAUCCUCGACACAGACUACGACAGCUUCGCCGUCGUGUGGUCGUGCACCAACUUCGGGCUCUUCAGCAUACGUAACGCUUGGAUCCUGACUCGCGACCGCUUCCCGACGCUGGAGGUGAUGGAGCGCGCCUACUCUGCCGUGGACCGCCACGGCGUCUCCAGGGCGUUCUUCAUCCGGACCGACCAGAGGAACUGUCCCAGCGUCUACUGA